AUGCUCGCUUAUUUUAUUCUCUUCAUUACUACAACUUGUUUAACAUUGGCUAAGGAUGCACCGAUAGUUCCAGUUCAACCAUUUACACCAGAACCAAUUCAUAUAACUUUAGAUAAUCUUCCACCUCCAUAUAAAACAGCAUCAGCUGAAAAACCAGCUAUCGUUGUAGGAGUACCAAGUAAUGCAACAUUAUUAGUACCUGAUGUUAAUUUUCGUGUAACAAUUUAUCGUAAUGGUAUGAAGUCACCAAGACAAAUGAUUUAUACUCCAACCGGUGAUAUUCUGGUUACAGAAAUGGGUGGUAAACGUAUAUCGAUUUUAACUGGUGACGAUACAUCUGUUUUUGCCGAUGGAUCCAAUGGAAUUUCUCAAGCUUUCGGUAUGGCAUUUACAAAGGAUUGGUUUUAUGUUGCUAAUGCUGGCAAUCUUCGUCGAUAUCCUUAUCAAACUGGUGAUAGAAAACUGAGUGGUACUGGAGAAGUUCUUAUGACAUAUCAAAGUACAUAUCAUUGGACACGUAGUUUAGUUGUAUCACCAAACGGUGAUCGUCUAUUUGUCACUGUUGGUUCUGGUAGUAAUGUCGAUAUUGAAUAUCCAUCACGAGCAUCAGUACAAGUAGUUGAUUUAGAUGGUACACAUAAUCAAACAUUUGCUUGGGGUUUACGUAAUCCAGUUGGUAUUGAUUUUCAUCCAAAAACUGGUGAUCUUUAUGUCGCUGUGCAAGAACGAGAUGAACUUGGGGAUGAUCUUGUACCAGAUUUUUUUACUAGAAUUCAAAACGAUGAAUUUUAUGGAUGGCCAUUUGCUUAUCUUUCACCGAACAAUGUUGAUCCACGACGUCGUUUUUCAAAUGGUUCUAGUGAACGUCCAGAUUUAGUUGAACUUACACGCACACCUGAUGUUCUUUUUCAAGCACAUUCAGCUGUCUUAGAUAUGCAAUUCUAUCGUGGUAAUCAAUUUCCAAGUUAUUAUCAAAAUGGUGCAUUUGUUGCUUGUCAUGGUUCAUGGAAUCGUGACGCUGGUACUGGUUACAAACUUGUUUUUGUUCCAUUUAAUGACGAUAAUCGUCCUAAAGGAUAUUAUGAAGAAUUUCUUAAAGGAUUUCUUAUUGAUCCACAAGGUCCAACAACAUUUGGUCGACCUGUUGGAAUAUUAGAAAUGAAAGAUGGAAGUUUAUUAUUUAGUGAAGAUGGAAAUGGACGUAUAUAUCGAAUCGAAUAUGUUAAAAGUACUACUGGUCGAUAA